AUUCUCGCCGGCGGUUUUAGAGCAGCAGCGGCGGAGCGACACCAGUGGAACCCACAACAAUGGAAGCCGAAACCACACCUCAAGAGCAAUUACCGGGCAUUUGCCCGGAAAAUCCGGAUCCGGGUUCAACCCAUGACCCGAACACAAAGCCGAAGAUUGUGGUGAUAAUGGGUUCCACCGGAGCAGGCAAAUCCAAAUUAGCCAUAGACCUCGCUUCCCACUUUCCGAUUGAAAUUAUCAACGCCGAUUCCAUGCAGGUUUAUCAAGGGUUGGAUGUUCUUACCAACAAAGUCCCUGUUCUUGAGCGUAAAGGAGUGCCUCAUCAUUUGCUGGGGACAAUUAGCCCUAAUGUUGAAUUCACUGCUAAAGAGUUUCGUGAUUCGGCUAUUCAACUAAUUGAUGAGAUAUCGUCUCGUAAUUGCUUGCCCGUUAUAGUAGGUGGAACAAAUUACUAUAUCCAGGCUCUUGUUAGUCAGUUCCUAUUGGAUGACCAUGCAGACGAUCUCGAAACAAAUUGCUUAUUCGAUCUUCCAGAAAAUAACGAAGAACUGGAUUCUGAAUUUGGAUUGCGGACCGAAAGUUGUGAUGAUUAUACUUAUAGUCGUCUUAAAGACAUUGAUCCAGUUGCAGCAAACAGAAUUCAUCCAAACGACCAAAGGAAGAUCAAGCAAUAUCUAAAUUUAUAUUCGCGUUUCGGUGUACUGCCAAGCAAACUUUUCCAAGGCAAUACUAUGCAGAAAUGGGGUCGAGCGGAUAAUUUAAGAUACGAUUGUUGCUUUAUAUGUGUGGAUGCAUCUCUUUCGGCAUUGGAUCGAUAUGUGGAUCAAAGGGUGGAUCUAAUGGUUUGUGGCGGUUUACUUGAAGAAGUUCGUGAUAUUUACAAUAUGAAUGCCGAUUAUACACGAGGAUUGAGACAAGCAAUUGGUGUAAGAGAAUUUGAGGAUUUUUUAAAAUGUCAGAACUCUGAAUUUCAAGAAAGUAGUACAAGUCAAAUCAUGGAUUGUGUUGGUGAGGAAAGAACAAAACUCGUGUUGGAAGAAGCUAUUGAGAAAAUGAAAUUAAAUACGAGAAGACUUGUUCGUCGCCAAAAAAGAAGACUCGGUCGACUUCAAAUGCUUUUCGGAUGGAGCAUCCAUUUCGUCGAUGUGACAAAUUGCUUGCAAAGCGCUUCAGAAACUUCGUGGGGUGUAAACGUGGUGGAACCAUCCGUGAAUAUAAUCAGAAUUUUCCUAGAUAAAGCUUCAAUUCCGAAACGAGUAAAAAUGGUUACGAAGAAAUAAAAGUGGCUCAGAAGGACCUGUGGACCCUACAUGUUUGUGAGGCAUGUGACAACAAAGAGCUUAGAGGUGCACAUGAAUGGGAACAGCAUAAACAGGGCCGAACCCAUCGUAAACGAGCAUCACGUCUUAAUAAAAAAAAAUCGGGCAUUCAUUCCCGAUUUGACGAAGAACAGUAAUUUUUAUUAGGUUUUUUUUUUCUUUAUUUUUCGGCUGUAACUUCUGUUCUUUAUAUGUAUUGAAGCAGUAAAAUUGGACCGACUGUAUUUUCGUAUAUUAAUUAUUCUUUGCA